AUGGAUAAAUUCGAACGGCAAGGCGAUGUAUACUCGAGGGAAGAGGUCAUCAAAGAAAUUGGAGAGUUUGAGGAACCACUGCUAACACAUAUGAACCACACCGUUAUGACCAAUUACCUGCAUGCUUUGGCAGACGCAUAUCCGAACCUCACUCAUCUCUAUUCUAUUGGUAGCUCCGUUCGUGGACGUCAACUCUGGGUGCUCACUAUUUCGAAGUAUCCACGAAAACACGAGACGGGAGUUCCAGAAUUCAAAUAUAUUGCCAAUAUGCACGGCAAU